UGAUGGUCGCUCUCGACUCGGUCUCGACGAGGCAUCGGGCAGCGAUUCGAUUUUGUGUUAAUUCUGCUCUCGCGGCGACCGGAGGUGGUGCGAUUUUGUCUCGUCGUGCGUGUGUGAAAUAUAAGCAAGAGGUGUAACAAAAUAUUGCAAUAAACUCCGCAGGCCAGCAUGAAGUUGUUGGAGGCAGAAAAACGUCGUCGAUUAGCCAACCAACGGAAUCAUUUUCGCUAGUGUCGCCGUGGUGUCGGAUAUUGGUCCGUGUGUAUCGGAAUUUUCCUUCGGGAUCUCUGUGGACUGACUACUGGUGGAAUCCGUGCCAGCCACCAGGAGUUGUGUGUGAAACUGCUUUAUCGAUCAGCGCGAGUGCUAUAGCGAAACGCAGGUAGAAAUCCAUUCACAGUAGGUUGAACGAAGUGUCCUCUGGGAAGAAUCCGGAUCCUUCCGUGGGGAUCCCGUGCAGGAGGUCCUUCCGGUUCGGCGGUGGUGUGUGCAAGGAAGCAAUAGGGAAAAAAUCAGCCCCAAAAAUCAAGAUGGCGAGCAGCCUUCGUCGUCGUCGCUGUCGGUGCUAGCUAGGAGAGAGAGUGUGUGAGAGAAGCCUCCUGCUGCUCCUGCUCCUUGCGCUGGCUGGGGCCCUCUUGUUGUUUUUGGUGUUCUGCUUUUUCUUCUUCUGGUCGGUGUGUGAAGUGUGUUUUGUGUUUUCAAUCAUUCAGUCAGCCAACAGCACAACAAAGGCGCCUUCGCAAUAGAAGUGAAGAGGGUUUUUUCGUUCAUAUAUUUCUGUUAUUCUUUGUGUGUAAAAUUUAGUAUUUGGUGGUAUGUGAGAGGCCGAGAGCGAAGAAAAACAAGUGCACAAAGGUGUAACCCCCCUUUGGGGAGUUUUUUGUGUGUGCUGCCUGCCAACCUAUUCGUGAAGGAUUUUUUGAUUGAGAAAAUUUUCCACAUCCUCUCAUGUAAUGUCCGUGAUUUGGUAGUGUUGAUUGUUUUUAGUUACGAAUAAGAAAAAAAAAAAAAUUGUGUGUUGAUGGUGUAACAAAAAUUUCAAAUUAAGAAGAAGGAUUCCGCAACCAGCCAACGAAAAUGUCAGACAAAAUUAAGGUCGCGGUUAGGGUUCGUCCCUUCAAUCGCCGAGAACUCGAGCUCGCCACCGAGAAUGUGAUAGAAAUGAACGAUUCACAGACGAUUUUGAAAUAUCCUGCCACACUAGAUAAGAUGGAAAGAAAACCGCCAAAAAUAUUCGCAUUCGAUCACUGUUUCUACUCGACGGACCCGGAUGCGGAAAACUUCGCCUCCCAGGAGCUGGUCUUCGCCAACAUGGGCCGGGACAUCCUGGACAAUGCCUUCCAGGGCUACAACGCGUGCAUAUUCGCCUACGGACAGACCGGCUCCGGCAAGUCCUACACCAUGAUGGGCAACCAGGAAAACAAGGGCAUCAUCCCGCGGCUGUGCGACGAACUGUUCGGUUCGAUUGCGGCCAAACAAACCGAAGAGCUGACCUACAAGGUCGAGGUGUCCUACAUGGAGAUCUACAACGAGAAGGUGCACGACCUGCUGGAUCCAAAGACGAGCAAACAGUCGCUCAAGGUGCGGGAACACAACGUCCUGGGACCGUACGUGGACGGGCUGUCCCAGCUGGCCGUCACAUCGUUCAUGGACAUCGACAACCUGAUGGCCGAGGGCAACAAAUCCCGAACGGUGGCGGCCACCAACAUGAACUCGGAAUCGUCCCGGUCGCAUGCCGUGUUCACAGUGGUGCUUACUCAGACCCUGAUCGACACGCUAUCCGGCGUAACGGGCGAGAAGGUGUCCCGCGUGUCGUUGGUCGAUUUGGCCGGUAGCGAGCGAGCGGUGAAAACCGGUGCUGUGGGUGAACGACUGAAGGAGGGUUCCAACAUCAACAAAAGUUUGACCACGCUGGGGCUGGUGAUAUCGAAACUGGCCGACCAGGCCAGCGGGAAUCGGAACAAAGAUAAGUUCGUUCCCUAUCGGGAUUCGGUGCUGACGUGGUUGCUGAAGGAUAACUUGGGUGGAAACUCGAAAACCGUUAUGGUGGCCACAUUGUCACCGGCGGCUGACAAUUACGAGGAAACGUUAUCGACGCUAAGGUACGCGGAUCGGGCCAAGCGAAUCGUGAACCACGCCGUGGUGAAUGAAGAUCCUAACGCUCGCAUCAUCCGAGAACUCCGAAAGGAAGUGGAAACGUUGAGGGAAAUGUUGAAACAUGCGACCGGGGCAAGCAUUGGUGAUAUGAAACGGGGUGAUAUUCACGACAAGUUGGCGGAAAGUGAAAACCUGAUGAAACAGAUCUCGCAGACGUGGGAAGAGAAGCUCGAAAAGACAGAACAGAUACAAAGUGAGAGACAGCAGGCGCUAGAGAAGAUGGGAAUCAGUGUUCAGGAUAGUGGUAUCAAAGUGGAGAAGAAUAAGUACUAUCUUGUGAACUUGAAUGCCGAUCCGUCGCUGAAUGAACUUCUCGUGUACUAUCUCAAAGAUGUUACCUUGAUUGGGGGUAGAAGUAACGAUAUCAACAAACAGCCCGAUAUUCAACUGCUCGGUUUGGGUAUUCAGCCGGAACACUGUCUGAUCACGAUCGAGGACGGUGAGCUGUUCAUGGAACCGAUUGAGAAUGCUCGAUGUUGCGUGAACGGUUCCGUGGUAACGGAUAAAACCUCCCUGAACCAUGGGGACCGUAUCCUGUGGGGCAAUCAUCACUUCUUCCGAGUCAACUGUCCAAAGUCCAACAACAAUAACAACAAUCUGUCCUCGGAACCUCAAACACCCGCUCAACACCUGGACUACUACUACGCUCAAGAGGAACUGAUGCAGAACGAAUUUAGCAAUAAUCCGAUCCAGGCUGCCAUCUCCCGGCUGGAGAAGCAGCACGAAGAGGACAAACAGGUCGCGCUGGAGAAGCAACGGCAGGAGUACGAGAAGCAGUUCCAACAGCUGCGGAACAUCCUGUCGCCGACGACUCCGUACGCGCCCUAUGCUCCGUAUGAUCCAUUCCGUCUAGGUAAACUCCCUCCAAACACACCAAACGCUCAACUGCGCGUAGAAAAGUGGGCCCAAGAGCGGGACGAAAUGUUCAAACGAUCGCUCGGUCAACUGAAGACCGACAUCGUCCGGGCCAACUCCCUAGUCCAAGAGGCCAACGUACUCGCCGAAGAGAUGAACAAACAAACCAAAUUUAGCGUCACGCUGCAGAUUCCUCCGGCCAACCUGAGUCCAAACCGGAAGCGUGGUGCAUUCGUAAGCGAACCGGCCAUUCUCGUACGGCGGAUGAACUCCGGCAGCCAAAUAUGGAGCAUGGAAAAGCUGGAGAAUAAGCUGAUCGACAUGCGAGAUUGGUACCAAGAAUUCAAAGACAACAAUUUCACGCUGAUGGAUGAGAACAAAAACAAAUCCGAUCCGUUCUAUGAGUCGCAGGAGAACCAUAACCUCAUCGGAGUGGCCAACAUUUUCCUAGAAGUGCUAUUCCACGACGUUCAGCUGGACUACCACACGCCAAUCAUCAGUCAGCAGGGGGAGGUGGCCGGCCGUUUGCAGGUGGAGAUUAGCCGAGUAGCCGGUCAGUUCCCACAAGAUCGAAUCAACGAAUCCGCCUCGGAGAGCUCCCAGGACAGUCAUGAAGAUGACGACAUGUGCGACCCCCCGAGCAAUCAAGUCACUUGUCGGAUCAGCAUCAAGCAAGCCUCUGGCCUACCACUCUACCUGUCCAACUUUGUGUUCUGCCAGUACUCGUUCUGGAAUCACGAUGUAGCUGUCGUGCCGGCCACCAAUCAGGAAGUAGCUGCUCACAAUCAGAACAUUACGUUCAAGUUCGAUCAUGAAAACGAUUUCAACGUAACGGUGAACGAGGAAUUCCUGGAACACUGCACCGACGGAGCGCUGUCGAUUGAAGUUUGGGGCCAUCGAUCGGUUGGAUUCUCGCGUGCUAAAGACUGGGAAGUGGAACAGCAACAGGCCAAGGCACGAUCGCUUGCCGAUCGAUGGGCAGAACUUUCCCGAAAGAUUGAACUCUGGGUGGAGAUUCAUGAGCUAAAUGACAACGGAGAUUGGGCUCCGGUUGACGUGCAGUGUUCAAAGGACAUGCUAACCGGUGGCGUUUAUCAGCUAAGACAAGGUUUUCAACGGCGAGUCUUGGUUCGUGUGAAACCGGUUCAGAACUCUGGCACGUUACCGAUCAUAUGCCAGUCGAUCAUAAACGUUUCAGUUGGUUGCGUCACAGUGCGAUCAAAGCUGCAGAAGCCGAUGGAUUCAUACCAGGAGGAGGAUCUCACAGUGCUACGGGACAAGUGGAGUGAGGCUCUUGGCCGUCGGCGUCAAUAUCUUGAUCAGCAAAUCCAGAAGCUGAUAAACAAAGACGAUAAAACCGAGCAGGAGAAGGAACGAGAGCAAAGUCUCGUGAAUCAGUGGGUUUCGCUAACCGAGGAACGUAAUGCCGUACUUGUUCCGGCGCCGGGUUCUGGCAUUCCGGGUGCUCCUGCAUCCUGGGAUCCACCACUCGGAAUGGAACCGCACGUACCUGUCCUAUUUUUGGAUCUCAAUGCCGACGAUCUGACCACCCAGAGUGUGAACGACGAAGUUCCGAUCGCCGGCAUCAACUCUAUCUUGCCAAAGGAACACGGAAAUAAGUUCUACAACCUGCAGAUCAUUCAACACCAGGACAAGGACAUCUGCGCCUGCUGCAGCUGGGACUCGUCGAUACACGACAGCCCCGCGUUGAACCGCAUGACCGAGGCUAACGAACGAGUUUACCUUAUUUUGAAAACGACGGUUCGCCUCUCACAUCCCGCCCCGAUGGAUCUGGUGCUACGGAAGCGGUUAGCACUGAACAUCUACAAGCGGCAAAGCUUCACCGAUCGGCUGAAAAAGCUGCGCAUCGGGCGGGCUGAAUCCAGCUCGCUACAGUCGGGAGUGACGUACGAAGUGGUGUCCAACAUUCCAAAGGCUUCGGAAGAACUGGAAGACCGGGAAUCGCUGGCGCAGAUUGCCGCCACCGGCGAGGAUGUAUCCGCUAGCGACGGGGAGACAUAUAUCGAAAAAUAUACCAAAGGAGUCUCAGCGGUGGAAAGCAUUCUCACUCUGGACCGUCUGCGGCAGAGCGUGGCUGUGAAGGAACUGGAACAGGUCCGCGGUCCGGCGUUAUCGAUGCGAAAGACAGCCAGCGUGCCGAACUUCUCUCAGAUGAGAUUCUUCGACGCGUCGUUAGAAUCUCUGUUGGGUAUCGGCCGAUCGGAAUCGUUUGCUGAUUUGAAAAUGGGACUCAAUUCAGCUCAAAGCACCCGUGAAACAAACACGAGUCGACAGAAACUGAAGAACAACACCACUGGCACCAGUGAUGAAUCGCCAAACUCUUCCUACGGAGCAGCUCGUCCCACAUUCCUAAACUUAAACAUAAAUUUGAACUCCCUGCGAUUACAGCCAACCAAGCCGUCCCCGGCGGCUAGCAAACUAGCCCAGCGGAUGACCACCCUGCACGAGGAACCCCUGAUCAAGCAAAUCUGCUACGAGGAGGAGGGCGAAGAUCGAUUCAGCGAACCCGAGUACGCCGAUUACGAUUUCUACGAGCCCGCCAAAAAGCCGAACCUGUCGAAGAUGAAAUCCUCCUACACGGUGGAAUCGUUCAUCGACAUCGACAAGCGGCCGCCGACCAACGAUCUGGGCGGAAAGUACGGCCCAAGCGCCGCCAUGACCAAAGGUAAAAUGGGAACCGGAGGUGUUGGUGGUGGUGGUGGUGUUGGUGGCACUGGGACCGGUGGUGGAAUUGUGAAAAGCCAAAACAUUGCCGCUGGGACGCCCAGCAUGAGUUCGUCCACGUCCAGUGGGUACGGUUCGCAGGCCGUUUCAUUCAGUAACCUCACCAACGACGAUACGUACUCGAUCCGGUCGCUUAGCGUCGGAGAAACUCCAGAAACCAUGUCACCGUCCAACAUGAGAAACGACCACACCAAUGCCAAAUCGGCCGAUUGCUACACCCCGGCGGAGAUCAGCAGCGGCUUCAAUGCCAGUGCAAUCAGCAGCGAAUUCCCCAAGCGGGUGAAUCCCUUCCUGAAGGACGUUGCCAACUUUGAUCAGCUGAAUGGCAAUCGAGGCGAAGGCGAUGGCGAAGAACAGGACGACGACGAAGACGAGCGGUCAGCUGUUGAACUCCAGCGAAUGUACAACAAUAACCUCAAGCGAGCCAGUGAACCGGCGAUUUUGAACACCACGUCCUGCACCGAGAUGAUGAUCAACGAAGAGGAUGAAGGCGUUGAUGAACAGGCCGAGCUCGAGGGAGACGACGAGGAGGAGGAAGAAAUGACCAGGACGAUUGAGGAAGUCGGACAAGAACAGCUGCAACAGCAGGAAGAUAGCAAUCUGAAUGAAACCGUUGAUGAGGAGAACAACAGUUCAAAAUUGAUGAGUGAUUCGGAUGUUAUGGAAAGCAGUUUUACGACACCCAGCAAGCAUGAGAACAUUCCCGAUUGGGUUGUGGUUGGCGAGUCGGUACAGAUAAGGCCCUACAAUACCAGUGGCGUGAUUGCGUUCAUUGGCGGAACUCAUUUUCAGGGUGGCACCUGGAUCGGUGUGGAGCUGGACACGCCCACCGGCAAGAACGACGGCACGGUCCAGGGAAUACAGUACUUCAACUGUAAGCAGAAGCAUGGAAUUUUCGUCCGGGUGGACAAGCUCAUCCUGGACAAACGGGGUCGUGCAAUCCGAGAGCUGAAGCGGGCCGAAAAGAUGAAGGCGGAGUUUGCUGGCCAGAAGGGCAAACCGGUCAGUGCGACCGGCCCACGUAAAUGAUACGGGUUUAACCGGGGUCUCAGCACCGCGAUGAUGUCGAGCGGGUCCUGCUCGGCUGCUGCGGUGGCGAGGCCGAUGCCACGAAGACGGUUCGUACCCAAGUCCGCCUCCAUGGCGGCAUUCGGACGGACGAAGUAGAAUAUAACUGUCUAGCAGUAAUAGCACAUAACCUCCCUUGCCGGAUGUUCCUCGCUCAGCUUCCCCUCAGUCAAAGGACGGGGAAAGUGGUGGGAAUUCCGAGAGAGGGAUCAAUCAGUAACCGAAGAGAAAAAAGAGAUUCGUUUCAUCAACCACCCUAGAUCAUCCUCGAUAGUGUACCUUGUUUUUUCGUGAUUAAGUUUACAAAGUCGUGAUACAUAAACAUAAUAGCCGAAAGGAUUUACCCACUAUGAGAAAUGUCGGUAUGUAUAAGCAUGAUUUCUGAGCAAUGAAAGGAUAAUAAUUGUCUAUCAAAUUAUUUCAAUUAUUUAUACUUUUGUAGUGUGUGACAUAGAAAAAGACAUAUUGCAUCCAAAUCAAGCUUUUCCCGUAAAUCAGAAAAAAGGGUAACUGAAACCUAAACAAAAAUAUAUUUAUUGAAUAAGCGUUUGCAAGUGCAUUCUAGAUAGAACGAGUGAAAAGCCGUUAUUAAGAAGAAACAAAAAAAAAACGUGUCAGGAAAGCAAAUUUACGAUCCAGAAAACGAUAUGAAACCAACCAACCAGUUCUGUCCAAGGUGAAGCCACAACCACAAACAAGCUCUAAAAGUUAUUAUCAGCUAUAUUGUAUACACCGUAAGCAUAAAAACAAAAAUUGUGUAAAUUGGAAAAAAGUUCACCCCUUUAAGGAGGAGAACAAUUAUUGAAUAUGUGACACUAUAUAUUGCUAAUGAGAAUCAAGAACUCAACACAUACACACACAAACACACAACCAGAACAACAACAACAACAACUUUGUAGCCAAAAUCAUCAGACGAAGCAGGAGACAAGGGGUUCAAAGACAAAGACGAUUGCGAUAUAAGAACUAUGAAUAUUUAUAUUUAUACACAAACAAACAAAACAAAAAUUAACAAUACGUCUUAUAAAACGAUUUAUUCUACCGCGCUUCUUUGCUACAAACAAACAAACACACGACAAAGCCAAAAAGAAAUAAGGCAAGGAUUUUUCAAUCUCUUUCUUCUCUGUAUAAAAAGCAAAAUCUCUAUACACGACAGCAGCGGUGCAGAACGAUCGCAUUUGCGAAAAGAACAAUAGUACCCAGAGUCAGCGAUGAAGGAAAUCGAAAUGUUACACAGGGAAAAAUUUCUACUCAAUGACUGAGUUGGCCUUACUCAGGAAUCGAAAAAUCCUUUGUUUUCUUACUCAGAUUCCGUUAAAAGUGGGACAACCCAUUGCCAAUGGGUUGUUCCACUUUUAGCCGAAACUGAGUAAGAAAACAAAGGAUUUUUCGGCCAACUCAGUCAUUGAGUAGAAUUUUUUCUCGGUGUAAACACACAAAGCACAGCUUGAAAUCGGACUAGUAGAAGAGGAACGUGAAAAACCCUGAGUGCACAGUGGAUCGGAUUUCGGAAUGCAGUUUGGAUUGACGAAGUUAAUGAAGUGACCAUUUGCAUUGAUAAUAAAGAAUAAGGUGACUCCCCAUUUAAUUUAUACGACGAGUCAUUUUCUCAUCUCGAUAUACGAAUCCGACUUUUGUCACGUCACUCUAUUCUCAGAAUGAGCACAAAUAAAAGUUGAAAACUACAAAAACGAACAUCCAGGAACUUGAAAGUACCGAUCAAGUUCCAAAGAGCAUCUUUAACAGCUUUCAAGCUGUUCAAGUAGCUGACAGUGAGUUAAACUUGUGUGUGAAGUUCUAAACAGGUUCAAUGUGGACUUUUGAUUACUUGGGAUGUUUGCUGAAACCAAGUUGUAAUUGAGUCUGUAUGAAACAAAGAGUUUUAAAAAGUUCCGAACAUUUGAGUUUGUUUCAGAAAACAGCUUAUUGAAAAACAUACUUAGAUAAGUGUAAAAAUUCGCUAGCAAAUUUGGAGUAGGACUUCACAAUUGACAAAGGACUACGCUUUUCAACUCCAACUCUAUAUUUUUGAAAUAAAUUUCGCGGCAGCUUUUCAGAUAAUCGCGAGAAGAUAUUUUAACACUCGAAAUUAGCCGACUAAACACCAAUCAGGGACUCCACAUCAAUCCAGCCGAUUUCUCAACCACGACGCACUGUGCAAUCAAGAGAUAGGAAAUUUUCAUCGAAGAAGCCCAAGCUUGAAGCGUAAAGGAAGAGAAUAGAAUAGCCCACACCAGGAACCAGAGAACCGAUUAGUAGUCGACCAUAGAAUCCUAUUGCGGUAAGAAAUUCAACUAACUUUUUCCCAGCAGUCAGUCAGUGAAAUCGUUAUCAGUAGAAUAGAGUUUAAAAAUCAAUGUGAUGAUGUGUCCAGUCGCGCCAUCUUCUACAGUAGGCACGGUACAUAGGCAGUAGGCGGCGACCGCAAUGUAACAAGAGACUACCCGAAAACCAAAACGGAAAUUUAAACAUUCAGUGAGUCCAUCCCUUUUCGACAUGAAACAACUUUUUUUUUUGAGUAUUGGUUUUACAACAAUUUAGAUGAAAACAAUGGAAAAAAUCGAUCGUAUAUCAUUAGAGUUGAGUAGGCAGUGGUGUUAUUUUUCUAAUCCCUCUCGACUUCGGCAUAUUUUCUGAUAAGUAGUCAAAACUGUGUGUUUUAUCUAUUCGAGGCUUCGGAACUUUGGGAAAGGAACUGAUUUUUUUUUUCAGUGUAGUUAUGCAAAAGGUAUUGGAUCAAAUAACCGAAGAGAGCAAGAAGACGAAUGAGAUCCUUCAAAGUUUGGAACGGGGCGGAGAUGUUUUUGUUUUCAUCGAAAACCUAGAAACGAAUCGAAAUGCAAAUGUGAGAAAACAUAAAAAUUCUGUUCAAUAAGAGGAAAAAACAAAAUACGAAUAACUACUCUUCAAACUUCUCAGUGUUUUAUAGGCAAUAAUUAGGGCAACACAUAAAGCUACCAGGAAGCUACUAUUUUAGAGAACAGCAGGAAACACUCUUGUAAUAAUUUAUAAACAUUGAUGAUGAAAAUGGUUAAACUGUUGAACAUAACGUCGUUAUCGACUACGGUAGUACGGUAGUGCGCGGUGUCUAGUUGUGGAUAUCGCUAGGAUUGUUGAAUAUAAAUAGAGGCGCGUUUAGAGGCUUGUGUAGGACCAGACCCAGUCAGUAUAAGUAUAGAGGAGACAUCUUCGAAUAAUAGUGCGUGAAAACUAGUGGGUGCGAGGAGAUGCGAUUUUGAUUUCAUUUAAUGGUUUUCAGUUGGGACUGAGGGUAGCGGUUGUUUGAUUGUAAAAAUGUUUAAGGUUAUCACCAACCAGAGAAGUCUCUGUCUCUAUCGGCAACCAUGUACUUCGUUUUGGUCGCGUUCAUUGUUCAGCCUGUUCUUGCAGUCUCCCGUAUCAGGGGAGCAGAGAAAAGCUUCCCCCACUGUCUUACGAUCGAUAAGAACUCUUUAAAAAGUAGUUUAUGAAGACAUGAAAACUUCUAUUACCGGCCACGCUCAUCUUCUUUGUUAUGAAGCAAAGGACCUGAUCGUCGGCAUCGCUUUCAUAAAUUUAAAUUUGAUGGAGUGGCGUAUUCGCCAUUACACUGUACAGCGUAACUGUUAAAUACACGGAAAAAUAAUGCAAGGGUGGUGAUCUUCUUACAUUUCGCUGCAAAACCUACUUCAUUUAACAUCUUUGUAGGCAAAUUCAGAGAAUGGCUAUGCAGAGAAAGAAAUGCAGAAUUCAUCUCAUUUGGUGAGUUCGUUUCUGUUAUUUUGUUUUGUUUUUUUAGGUUCAAUUGAGCAACCGUGAUUUCAGAGCGCCACCUUUUUUAGUAAAACAGAGAGCCGUAGUCCUACGUCAAAAAAAAAAAAGUCAUUGCAAAAUUCGCGAAACUGCUUCAUCUAAGUUAUAUUACUCCCUUCUCGACAUGGUUUCCCAUGGGUGGACACGUGCUCCAGUACAAGAGAUACCCGCCCCCAUAAACGGCUUUGAUGGCUACGACCCCGAAGCGUAGCCAUAGAACUAAGCGCGAAUUCGACGAUUAACGGUAAAACAAAAUCCAUUCGCGCACAACGCCAUCUCGAAAAUCCUACUGGCUUAGACGCGCAAAACACCCAAAAAAAAAGUGCGCGUUUUCCUCCAGUAGCGAGUGCGCCACGUGCCCACCCUGCACCGGCCACGUCCAAACGAGCAUCUCUGCUCGCCCCACAUCGCAUCGCACCGCAACAGUCCCAAAUUGAAAACACCUUCAAAGCAAUAGUAAAAUUUUCACACGAUUUCAGACUUUCUUCGAUACUGAUGAUCUCCUUGUGUCGCUUAAAUAGUAAAUCGGAUUUACGAAAAAAAACCCUCGUUCCUUCGUCGUAUUUGAAUAAGUUAGACCCGAGAGCUCCAUCCCGUAGUUGGACGGCCCCAGUCAGGCAUUGAAGGAGGUUUUAGCGAGUAGUUCUAGAAGAGAAGGCAGCGAACCUGAGUGGAGUGAAUCAAUAGGAAAAGACAUAGGUACGUGUUAGCGCUAGGCCAACUAUUCUCUUAUAGGUUUAACGACGUUGUUGUGUACCAAUCGUGAAAACACCACAUUUUCGCUGUCCGCUGUCUUUUUCUCUUUCCGUCGAUGUAUCCGUGUAAAGAAACAUCGCAUCGUAUCGUCUCAUCAGUCGUCAGUUUUUAUUGUCAUUUUCACAUACAGCCUACUUCUAGAUAGAACGAACGGAACAAUAGACGAGACGCGCGAACGGUCGGUGAACGACCAGGAUUCAGUUACUUUUGCACCAUCUUAAUCGUGCACGUGCUUGUGUAGUGUAGAAACCACCGCCGCGCCGCGGUAUCGUGUAGAAUAUCCGAGAGACCCAUUCGCCGUCGGAUCAGUCAAUGGAUCGCCAAGGGGCAAAUGUGCAAUUUCUAUUUGUUGGUUACAGAGAGCUUGUUUUGCACUGAACAAAAACCCCACGCUAGUUUCGGUUGGUUUCUCAAACGUCUGACCGACUAAUCGUGUGUAAAUCAAAAUCAUGUUGCUAGUUUUAAGUUAUUGUUUUAAGUUGAAGCCUCAAAGCUGAAAGACUUUGUUAAAAAAAUAUUGUAUCUUCCUAUGUUAGCGUUUACUUUUAUGCUUGUGUGUAAAAAAAACCAUGUGAUUUAGUUUAUAUCUUUGAUAACCUUAAUAGAAACCCAUCAGUAAUGGCACAAUGUUAUCAUCAUCAGCAGUUUUUGCGUUCGCUUACAUCCCUCGUGGUGCUAUGUAUUUCAAUUGCGUUGCAACGCUUCAAUCAUCAUAUCAUUCAGUUCUAUUUUAAUGCAAAAAAUUGAACACACAAACUGUAAAAUUCACACGACGUAGCCAAUUUGUUCAUCUGCCUGUGCAUUGUGUAAAUUACAAGAACCAUCAUAGAGACUACAGAAUACACCAGAGAAAUAGACAAGAUUAGUCUUAUACUACAUCUGUUUUUUAAAACAUACAGCUAAACAUACAUUAACAUUAAAUUACCAGUUUAAAGUUUUUCGUUGAAAGUAAUGGCGCAGCAAGACGGCGACGAAAUGCAGCAAACAAUGGGUGUAGAAAAAAAGAGGUUUAAAAAUGAUAAAUUCUAGUCAAAAAAAGAUGAAAAAACAUAAACAUAAUAACUAUCGAAAAAAAAACAGAGAAAACCAGAAAAUAACAUAAAUAGAGGCGUGGAGACAUUUAAAAACAAGAAGGAAGAAUCGCUAAGAAUCAAUAACUAUACAAGAAAAGGAAUCGUUGGCAAAAAACGAAAAGAAAACAGAUACAAAAAUAUAUUAAUACUGCUUAUUCUGUAAUUAAAAGAAGAAUGAUCAAAAAAUCA